UACUCCCCUUCAGCACCACGGACAGGGCAAAAUGUCAACAGCGCCGCAUCCCCGCUCGCCGCUUUUGUUAUGUUAAAGACCGGUACUCCUAGCAACUCUAGGUCAGCUGACGGUAUUAAUUGUCGCUGUAGGAAUCCCCGUCUUCACCCACGGAACAAAACAGCUAGUUACACUGUAGCUUUCUAAAAGUUGACAUCUCACCAGGAAGCGGCGACUUUGACGUCUGUUGUGUACACUGAUUUUAAUUCGCCGAUCCGAAAAAUCUGAGGCAAACCCUGCCUUUCCUUUUCGUUAUCGCCCGCGAAGCCGCUUUGAAAAUUAGCGCUACAGUUUGUUUUGUUUGGUUGUGUGUUUUUUUUUUACAGUUAGUGUAUAAAAGGCGCGUUAGUCUUUUUUUUCUCCUACAAGCCGUGCCUUUUGUUUCAAAAUACCUUUUACGGUUGAUCACAGAACACCUUCCGUAUGCAUUAAUUUCCAUUUUAAACCUUGCCACUUCGACUAAACAUGUUGCUUGAACACUCGGGAUCAAGCUGUCAGAAUCACAGUAAUUUAUCCAGAUACAAUUCCAGCCAAGAGAUCCCAGUGUGUGCGGGCUGCAAUCAGCACAUUGUGGACCGCUUCAUUCUAAAAGUACUGGACAGACAUUGGCACAGCAAGUGCUUGAAAUGCAGCGAUUGCCAAACGCAGCUGGCGGAUAAGUGUUUUAGCAGAGGCGAGAGCGUCUACUGCAAAGAAGACUUUUUCAAGAGAUUUGGGACUAAAUGUGCCGCCUGCCAACAAGGUAUUCCGCCGACUCAGGUCGUACGAAGGGCGCAGGACUUUGUCUAUCAUCUCCACUGCUUCGCCUGUAUAGUGUGCAAGAGACAGCUCGCCACCGGUGACGAAUACUACCUAAUGGAGGAUAGUCGGCUAGUGUGCAAGGCCGACUAUGAAACCGCUAAACAGAGAGAGGCAGAUUCGACUGCGAAGAGACCACGUACCACCAUCACAGCCAAACAGCUUGAAACCCUGAAGAACGCCUACAACAAUUCUCCUAAACCGGCCAGACAUGUUAGGGAGCAGUUGUCUUCGGAGACCGGUCUGGAUAUGAGAGUCGUGCAGGUGUGGUUCCAGAACAGAAGAGCAAAAGAAAAGAGGUUGAAAAAGGACGCGGGCCGGCAGAGGUGGGGCCAAUACUUCCGCAACAUGAAGAGAUCCAGAGGAAGUGCCAAAUCGGACAAGGACAGCAUACAGGAGGAAGGGGUGGAUAGCGAUGCUGAGGUCUCCUUUACAGAUGAGCCGUCCAUGUCAGAAGUCAGCCACUCCAAUGGGAUAUACAGCGGGUUGAACGAGACCACCUCUUCGAUUGGCAGGCAGACUGGGACCCAUGGUCCGUUCCCUCUAGAGCAUGGCGUGAUCCAGGCCCAGGACCAAUACCAUGACAUCCGUUCCAGCAGUCCCUAUGGCGUUCCCCAGUCUCCAACCUCCCUUCAGGCCCUGCCUGGACACCAGCCUCUCAUCUCCAGCCUGGUGUAUCCAGACUCUGGCUUGGCCAUAAUGGCCCAGGGUGCACCAGGUAUGACGCAGGCCAUGCGUGUAUUAGGUGGUAACGGACCCAGCUCAGACCUGUCGACUGGCAGCAGUGGAGGCUAUCCGGACUUUCCUGCCAGUCCGGCCUCAUGGCUGGACGAGGUGGACCAUACCCAGUUUUGAUAAAGCCUCAGAGGUCUUGGUUUAGUCUUUCAAGUUAUUUUUGGACAUUCUUCUGAAGAUCUACAGGGUUAGAAGGGCAAUUUGUCCCAACAUACUAGAAGAAAAGCAGAGCGAAGGGUUUCAGGUCUGUUGUUGUUUUUUUCCUCUCUGAGACUCUGCGCAAGCUGAACUUUGAACAAUUCCGAAACUUUAAAAAACCAGAAAGGACUGAUCGGUCUAGGAUGGGAGCUAGAUUCUUUUAAAUUUUUUAUUAUCCUACCGCGAGAGUUUAUCCACGAUAUGAAAGAUUGCCAAGAGGCUUUAACGUAUAUGUUUUGAUAUAAUCUCAGUUUAAAAUCUGGACGACUAACAUGAAGCUGAAGGACACAGAUGUUACUCUGAGGUCUGAAGUUUGUGCAUUUCAGAGAUGGACAGUGACUUUUAACCUGGUGUCUGCUUGCCUUUGGAUGUUCAUUAAACAGUAAUGCCCCCCCACCCCCAACACACACCUCCAUUAUGUUUGCAGGCAAGUUUUACUGGAACUAUGAUAUUGGUCCCUGCCAAAACGUGGGAUAUUAGUGAAAUGACUUUGUGAGACUCCACGUGUGGCAUCCAUAUCUGAACAAACAUCGGGAAACGAACUAAAAAACAGUGAGAACCUCUCACGACAAAUUUCAGAUUUGUAGAACCUUUCCUCUCCCAGAAGUCCAUCAGUGCCAUAUUUGCACUAAAGAGGCAAAUUCAUUUCAUGUUACAGUAUAUUGCUGCCAUGGCUUUUGAAGCACAGGGAAACCACGACAGAGUGAUACAACUCCAUCAAAGUAAACAAUGACAUAUAUAUUUGAUUUGAAGGAUUUUUUGCAGAGUUUGUUUUGUUGUACUCGGUAUAGUUCAUUAUCUGUGCUUCAUAACCCACUGCAGUGUUGUGACAAGAAAACUGAAAGCAAUUUAGUGUUAAAUAUAUAGGGCCCCUUAUUUUUGGUAUUUCCAGAUAAAUAAUUUGCAGGGUAAAACAGUAUAAAUUUAUUAAUUAUCAAAUAAGUCCAUUUGCUUUUCAUGUAUGUAACAUCAUAGUGAUGCGAACGCCACUGCCCUCUCUCAGUUUCCCUCUGGUCUUGCACAAGCAGUUUCUCACGUCUCCACCUGAUCACUCGUGACAGUGACAGCCACACAUGACCUAAAUGGGGGUUGUAUUCCGUGGUGGAUGAAGUGGUUUCCCCUUAUAUGUCGUGCACUUUGGGAUCUUUUGGGAUGAAAGACACCACACAAAUGGCAGGAAUUACUAUGAUUGUAAUCAUCAUCACAGCCACUGAGCAGUUUCUUAAGCACAGUUGACAAACUAAUCCCAGAGCCUGUUUAACACACAUUUCAGUCCUGCAAUUUCAAAACUGAGACUCGUGUGAGAUCUUUAUGGUUGCCUAUUUAUUUUUAACCAGAUUUUAAUUAAGGCAUCUAUACCAAUAAUCCUUCCAAUAAAAUGGCGAUGUUCUGCAGUAUUCUUUCACAUGCACCAUUUAAAUUGCAUGGAGUUAUUAAUAAGAAGAAUCAAGGGCAAACUUCUCAUUGGAGUCAGUCACCAAUCUGCUUUCCUAAAGUAGGAAUGGUUGGAGCAGCCUGGAGCCUGUCCAGCAGAACUAUAUCUUGAACUGGGUGGUAGUCCACUGCAGAGCACACAAACACAAGCACACAGGUACAGUUCAGAAACACAGAUUAACUCAUCCAGCACGUCUAAGAACAUAAGACCAGUUAAGAAGAGGGGAGGCCGUUUGACCCAUUGAGCCCAUGUGGAAGUUAGUAGAUAAUUGUUCUGAAGAUCUCACCCAGCCACAUCCCAAAGGAAGGCAGGUUAUCGGCUUCAACAACAUCGAUGGGUAGCAUGAUCUACCAUGAAACUAUAAAUCCAGAGAAUAACUUUCAGUAAUUUGAGAUUUAGUAAAGCCUUCAGGUAGGCAACAAGACAAUAAACACUUAAAAGAAAGAGCCAUACAAAUGGAAGCCCCAUGGUUGUGAUCCAAUGCUAGCCUUUCUGUUUCUGCAUUUUCCAUGUGGAACACUGCAGAACUUCUUUGUCAGUGUCUCUGUUUUACAGUGUCUGGUUGUUGCCAAAUGUCAAAUACGACUUUAUAUUGUGGAGAGUAUUUUAUGACUAAGUCCUCUGUGAGCUGAAUUUCCUAUGUGAACACAGAUGGUGGACUUUAUCUCAGAACUAACUUGACAGACUAGUGGUAAAUUUUGACUCCCCUGCUUAUUAAUGGUUGUUCUAUGCAUUUGUGUGUUUUCAAAUGUAUCUUGUAUGUUUCAUUAUACUGAAUCACCUGGGUGUGCUGGA